GCACUCCUCGUCUCACAACCCGACAGGAUGGGCAAGAAGAGCAAGGCCGGGAGCAAGGGUGGAGCAGCGGGCAAGGGUGGCGGGAGCAAGGCGGCGGGCGGGGAUGGGGCGUCGGGCAAGGGGACAGCGAGUGAGGCUGGGAGCGACGGGCCUCCGCGGGUGGUGUUCCUGAAGGACGCGACGUUUGUGCGGCCGGCGGCGUCGGUGAUGCUGGUGCUGGCGGUGAUGUCGGCCGGCGUGGCCGGGUAUCGGUUCCUGCACGGCGCGGAUGACGGCAGCGAGAUGCCGACGGGGCUCAAGCUGUGGCACGGCUCCGAUCUGGUGGUAGCCUUUCCGACCGCGCUGUGCGGCCUGGGCCUCUACGGCUUUGACCGCAAGGCCGUCAUCCUCACUCGCAAGCUCUUCUACUACUUUGCGGUUGUUGUCCCGGCCGUCGCCCUCAUUCUCGCAGCUGAUGACGCUCUCGACCGCCGCACGCUCGAGCUCCUCGCACUCCGCAUCGGCUUCUGGGCCGCGGCGGCCUGGUACACCGAGCAGUUUGAGCAGAAGAUCAAGGGCUUGAAGGAGUUGUAGCUUGCGCUCGCAUGGCUGGCAACAAACAAUAAACAGCGG